UUCCUUAAUUUAUGAACUAAAAGACAGAUGCACUCAUUGGAUGUAAAAACGGACAUCAAUCAUGGCGUCACUUUGGUUAAGCCCUCCUUUUCGCUAUUUGUUUAUAUCAUAAAGAUAAACCUGCUUUUUCCCUUUCACAUAUAUUCGCUUCUACUGUUACUAGCUAUAUAGUAGCCGAGCCGGAAAACGUUAUAAUGUGAAAAUGGGGAGGACAGCGAAUCGACGGGCGCAGCAAAAGAUGCUUACAUGCUGGCAGGUGUCACCCCACCAACGGCUCCCAAUAAAAUUUAGUACUACUAUAUUUUAUUCUACUCUACUUUACUUUUCCAUUCUUUCCUUUCUAAUUCCAAAACCCUGUUUGUUUCUCCUGGGAGUAGUAGCCUCUCUACUCUUUAUCAUUUUGAAAUUCAGUGGCAGCUAGGCUUGAUUUCUUACAACCGAAGAUCGCCGCAGGCAGAGGGAGGAAGCUUCCUGUUGUUUCUAAUUCUUCUCUGUGAUGAAACUGAUACAUCAGAAGUUGCACCAACUUCUCGAGUGAUUCGGGUUUCUUUAAUCCCUCUCUUCAUAAUUCGACUCAAUUGAACAUCCUUAAGGAAAUGAGUGGAGCCGUGCUUGUAGCCGUUGCAGCUGCAAUUGGCAGCUUUUUGCAAGGAUGGGACAACGCCACUAUAGCUGGGGGCAUUCUGUACAUUAAAAAAGAAUUUAAGCUGGAAACUCAACCUACUACGGAAGGGCUUAUUGUUUCCAUGUCACUUAUUGGUGCUGUCUUGAUUACAACUUGCUCUGGUGCAAUAGCUGACUGGCUUGGCCGUCGUCCCUUGCUCAUAACUUCUUCGGUUCUUUAUUUUGUUAGUGGCCUUGUGAUGCUUUGGUCUCCAAAUGUGUAUGUUCUACUUUUGGCAAGACUUUUGGAUGGGUUUGGUGUUGGUUUAGCAGUUACUCUUGUUCCUAUUUAUAUAUCUGAAACAGCACCACCAGAGAUAAGGGGUUUACUGAACACUCUACCUCAGUUCACUGGCUGUCUUGGCAUGUUCCUUUCAUAUUGCAUGGUUUUUGGCAUGUCGUUGAUGAGUUCUCCCACUUGGAGACUGAUGCUUGGUGUACUUUCCAUCCCCUCCGUUCUGUAUUUUGUAUUGACAAUAUUUUAUUUGCCCGAGUCUCCCAGAUGGCUUGUGAGUAAAGGGCGAAUGCUAGAUGCAAAGCGUGUUUUGCAGAGGCUCCGUGGACGGGAAGAUGUCUCUGGAGAGAUGGCUUUGCUAGUUGAGGGUCUUGGAGUUGGUGGUGAAACAUCAGUGGAGGAGUACAUUAUUGGUCCAGAAAAUGAACUUGCGGAAGACCAGGAACCAACUGUUCAAAAAGAUCAUAUUAGGUUAUAUGGGCCUGAACAUGGACACUCUUUGGUUGCACGGCCUGUCACGGGGAAAAGCGUAGUUGGUGUUGCAUCUCGCCAAGGAAGCACAUUUGCACCUAAUGUGCCCCUCAUGGACCCUGUUGUCACUCUAUUUGGCAGCGUUCAUGAAAAGCUUCCGGAUGUGGGAAGCAAGGGAAGCAUGCUCUUUCCGCAUCUCGGCAGCAUGUUUAGUGUUGCUGGAGAUCAAACAAAAAAUGAAGAGUGGGAUGAAGAAAGCCUUGGCAGAGAGGGCGAUGAUUAUGCAUCUGAGGCUGCAGCUGAAGAAUCUGAUGACAAUUUGCAGAGCCCACUGAUAUCUCGUCAGGCAACAAGCAUGGAAAAGGACAUGGUUCCGCCUCCAUCUCGUGGAAGUUUUUUUAGCAUGAUGCAGGGUAAUGAUGGUGAACCAGUUGGCAGUGCUGGCAUUGGUGGUGGAUGGCAGCUUGCAUGGAAAUGGACAGAGAGAGAAGGUGAUGAUGAAAAGAAGGAGGGAGGUUUUAAAAGAAUCUAUUUGCAUGAGGGUGGAACUCAUGGAACUCGAAGGGGAUCUUUAGUUUCUCUUCCAGGGGGUGAUAUGCCUGGUGGUGGUGAAUUUGUUCGUGCUGCUGCUUUGGUGAGUCAACCAGCUUUAUAUUCGAAAGAUCUGAUGGAUCAACAUCGUGUUGGACCAGCUAUGAUUCAUCCGUCUGAAGCAUCUGGAAAAUGGCCUAGUUGGAGCGAUUUAUUUGAACCAGGAGUCAAGCAUGCAUUGAUUGUUGGUAUGGGAAUCCAACUACUUCAGCAGUUCUCAGGAAUUAAUGGAGUUAUGUACUACACUCCUCAAAUACUUGAGCAAGCAGGUGUAGGAGUUCUUUUAUCAAACCUUGGCAUCAGUUCUGCUUCUGCAUCUCUGCUGAUAAGUGCAAUCACAAAUUUCUUAAUGCUCCCUUCAAUAGCUGUUGCCAUGAGGCUUAUGGAUAUCUCUGGCAGGAGGAGUCUGCUGCUUGGCACAAUUCCUAUCUUAAUUAUAGCCCUCAUUGUUCUAGUUAUUGGAAGUUUAGUGAGUAUGGGAACUGUUGCAAAGGCUGCUUUAUCAACAGUUUGUGUUGUUAUGUACUUCUGCUCAUUUGUUAUGGGGUUCGGGCCCAUUCCAAACAUACUUUGUUCAGAGAUAUUUCCAACUCGGGUCCGAGGUAUAUGCAUUGCCAUCUGUGCUCUAGUAUUCUGGAUUGGGGAUAUUAUUGUUACCUACACACUACCUGUGAUGCUGUCCUCUAUUGGCCUUGCUGGUGUAUUUGGCAUAUAUGCUAUCGUCUGUGUUAUAUCAUGGAUAUUUGUUUUCUUGAAAGUGCCUGAAACCAAGGGGAUGCCUCUUGAAGUGAUCUCGGAGUUCUUCGCUCUUGGUGCUAGGCAGGCUGCUGCUGCUAAGAACUGAUCUGAUCGUUUGAUGACAUGUUGCCUUGCCUAGUGCCUGGAUUUUGUUUGCUUUAAGGUUUCCCUUGUUUGAUAGAGUGGUGUUUGCUAUUCAGUUUUCUAAGUUGUUUAGAACAGUGCAAGAUCUUUUAAUGAGUUUUACGAUUCUGCCAAUUACAACUGCAGUUGUUUAGAACAGUGCCAUUUAUUCCUGUUUGGUUUGAAAUUUGGUCAA